ACUCCCCUUAGUUCGACUCACGUGUCUGGGCGGCGCAACACAGCAGCCUGACAUUGAAGAGAAGAACUACUUCGGAGUGCGCAGAUAACGUGUCCUGACGAGGAGUCCUCUUCGUUGACGAUUCUUGGACCCCCUGGAUCGUGAGGAAUCGGCAGUUCCGUUCUGCAGGGAAUUACCAGGCUGGUUGCCAUGGUUUCUGGAAAGCGCCUAGCCGAUGUGGGGUACCGCGUGUUCUCGGGCUCCAUGAUGCUGCUCUCGAUUUAUGCGGGGUACCUGUGCGCCUGGCGGGGCUACCGCUACUUUCAGCAGCAGAAACAGCUCAAACUGGCCGCAGAGAACCAGACCGAUGAAACGCUGAAAGACUGACUGCGCCACCGAGCAGAAGAGUCUCCCAUUACUGGAGGAAUGUUCAUGUAGAAUAAUGACCAGGCUAUGUGGUAUGUUUUUUUACCAUAAAGCUGCUGUACUGUCUAGUCUUUGAUUAAUGGGAUCCUACAACAUGGUUGCACUAAAAUAAAGAUUGUGUACAUAUCCUUUUCUCUAAAUGAAACAAAUGGCCUUUUUUGA